CGCAAAAUGAACGCGGCACCUAGUUAGACUCCUGUAAAGUGAAAGUGUCCUAACCGAACAAUUGUAGCUACGUUUUUUUUUACGUCAGAACUCACAGGUUUAAUAUGAAUUCUGCGGAGGCAAGGUUUGCCCACCUAUUACAACCCAUACGGGACCUCACAAAAAAUUGGGAUGUUGAUCUGGCAUCCCAGCUUGGAGAGUAUCUAGAAGAGCUUGAUCAAAUGACCAUUUCAUUUGAUGGAGGGAAGACAAUGAUGAAUUUUGCUGAAGCAGCUCUUUUAAUUCAAGGCUCCACAUGCAUAUAUGGAAGAAAGGUCGAACUGCUACAUAAUUUGGUGUUCCAGACUUUGGACUGCAUCUCAAACAAAACCAGAAGGCGUGACAAACAAGGCUCUGUGCAAGCAGACGGUGUCACAGACAACCUCGCACCACAUGAUGAAAGGGAUGACUUUGAGUUUGAUUUGAUGGAAGAGGAACCCAACAUUCAGAAUUUGAAUAUGAGGAGUGAUCCAUCUGGGCCAGUGAAGAUUGUGCGACUCCCUCCUGAAUCUCUGAUAGCAGCUGAGGCACAAGAGAAGCAGAAAUAUCCGCUCCUCAGUCUGAAGGGAGAGGUCCUGGGCAGCUGUAAAGAUUUCCGGAUCAACAACUUUACCCUGGACACUUUGGGGAUUAUUCGCCUGGGCCUUAAUUCCUUCCAGAAAGAAGCUCCAGCCUGGUGUCCAGGGGACAUGAUGGAGUUUAUUGCUGGUGGUGCUGGUGAUGUGAAUGGUGAAGACAAUGAUGGCGGCAGUGGUGCUGAGGAGCUUCCUCCCCUCAUGGACAAUGGUGUGGAGAUGGAGCUAGAGCCUGAAGAGCAUAUCAGAAGACACCAGGCCACCGGUGAAAAGCGAAUGCUGAGGCUGAGGCCCACUGUGCAACCAGUUGCCGAACAGCCAAAGCAGCUCCAGCAGACUGUGGAUCCUUGGAAAUGGCUUGACCCGUAUGAAAAUAUUGGGGAGGAUAAACCUCUGAAAACAGGGAAAUGCUGCAAUGUGCCUGCUGGCCUGGAGGAAUCAGGCAAGAGGAAGAGGAAAGCCGCCUCCAAACUACAGGACUUCUGGGGCUGGUGCACAAGUGCUUAUGAGAACACUGAGCGCAAGCUUAAGAACGGACCAUUUUCAUCCAGGUAAUAAUUCAAUUACAUCUAUCUGAGCAAGAUGAGUCAGCAAAUGAAGGCACGCAAGAGGGUUCUAACGAAAACGGGUGUAUACAUUUCUGAUGAGGUGCUAAAAAGAACUUACUUGGAACCGGAGAAACAAGAGGACCAGGAUGAGGUGGCCCGACAUCCAGACUUGGAUGGAGAGGAUUAUUCAGAUCAUGAAAAUGAAAACUUGUUUGAAGAUCACUUGUCCGGCAACGUUAUUGGUGACCAGGACCCCAUUUUUAAUGAUUCACAGAUGGGCCGGAUCAGUUAUGAGGACUUAGUCAAGAAGAGUGUGGAGCUGUUCCUAGCCAAUUCACAGAAGUACGCUCAGGAGACAGCAUUGUCACGCCGCGUGAGGGAGUGGGAGGACGAGAUCAACCCUCUGCUCUUGGCUCAGGAGGACUGUGUGGCUUUUGACAUCCACGACUAUGGGGACAGGAUUGUCCAUGCGCUCAGCACUGUUGGGGUAAAGCGGUCGUUUGCCUCCCUUGUGAAGGGCAUGGAGAACACGGAAGCCUGCAGAUACAUGCUUGCUUCUCUUCAGCUGGCCAAUGACUACACAGUAGAGAUUGAAAAGACAACCGGGCUUGAGGAAAGCGUAGACACCAUGGAGCUGACGCUAUUGAGCAAACAAAGAGCACAUGAACGGCUCAAGACCUACAACGCCCCCUCAGACCAUGAUCUGCCUUGA